AGACCAGGAUGACCGUGGAUUAUUCCAGUGAUUUAUUGAGAAACGUACAUCGGGAUAUCCCUGUGCCGGAAGUUGGUCAGAGUUUCUUGGUUAGAGGGGAUUACGAAUAUUGGCAUUAUGGUUGCGAUGGUUUUAACGAUAAGGGUUGGGGUUGCGGAUACAGGACGCUGCAAACGAUAUGCUCGUGGGUUAUAAGGAACCGGAAUUUAGGCCAACCUGUGCCUCAUAUCAGACGGAUACAAGAAGUGCUCGUCACGCUGGAUGAUAAAGAGCAAUCAUUUAUCGGCUCGAGAGAAUGGAUAGGGAGUUUCGAAGUAUGCCUAGUGUUGAAUCAUUUGUACGAGGUUCUCAGUAAAAUUAUACACGUUCCAAGUGGCACAGCCUUGCGGGACCAGGUUCCCAUUAUUAAGGCCCACUUCGAGGAAUUCGGUAGCCCGAUCAUGAUGGGAGGGGACAGGGAUUGCUCCAGCAAAUGCGUGUUGGGGAUCCACGAGGGCACAACGAACACCUAUUUGUUGAUCGUGGAUCCGCAUUUCGUCGGCAGGGCACGAGGAACCGAGCAACUGGAGAAUUACCAUUGGGUGAAAUGGCAAAAUUUGAAUAAUUUCGUCGGCAGUUCCUUUUACAAUCUCUGUAUGCCUCAAAUCAAAUUUAUAAGUGGUAAUAAAUGA